GGAGGCGGGACUUGUGCGGGGAGCCCAGGAGGCUGCGGGCGCGGCAGGAUUGUCCCUCGGCGGUCGCCGUACUGCGGCCCGGCGCGUUGCCGUGGAAACGAGCUGGGCGAGAUUCAGCGGGCUGCGGAGAGCGUGGCAGAUACUACCUCACCGCUAAAACUGAUGUGGCCCGGGCGUGAUCGAGGGGCGGGUAACCUGGCGAGGGCGGGCGGGACAGCUCCAGAGAGCGGAGAGGAGGCCGGGGUUUCUCCGAAGACCCGGCCCUGAGGAUCCCUCACCUCGAGGAAGGACCAUCGCUAUGGAAACCAGAGUGUGGGACGGCCCGGGAUUGUGGCUCCCGGAUGGUGGUGACCGGUCUUCUCUCUCCCCGAGACCCUCGCCCACUUCGGGCGAGGUUGCUUCCUGAACGAACCUGCUCUCUCGCCCACGAGAGAAAGUUUCCCAUGGCACAGCCUAGCAGAAAGAUGCAGCCUUUGUGCCUCACUGGCCGCUGACCCACUGGCCUGAUGACAGCACCCCCGUGUACCUUUCCGGUUCAGUUCCGGCAGCCAUCAGUCAGCGGCCUCUCACAGAUCACCAGCAGCCUGUACAUCAGCAAUGGGGUGGCUGCCAACAACAAGCUCAUGCUCUCCAGCAACCGGAUCACCACGGUCAUCAAUGUCUCGGUAGAAGUGGUGAACACUUUAUACGAGGACAUCCAGUAUGUACAGGUGCCAGUGGCUGACACACCCAUCUCACGUCUCUGUGACUUCUUUGACCCCAUUGCUGACCACAUCCACAGUGUGGAGAUGAAGCAGGGCCGCACACUGCUGCACUGCGCUGCUGGCGUGAGCCGCUCAGCUGCCCUCUGCCUUGCCUACCUCAUGAAGUACCAUGCCAUGUCCCUGCUGGACGCCCACACGUGGACCAAGUCAUGCCGGCCCAUCAUCCGGCCCAACAAUGGCUUUUGGGAGCAGCUCAUCCACUAUGAGUUCCAGCUCUUUGGCAAGAACUCCGUGCACAUGGUCAGCUCCCCUAUGGGAGUAAUCCCUGACAUCUACGAGAAGGAGGUCCAUUUGAUGAUUCCACUGUGAGCCAUCUCACCAGCCUCUGUGCCCAGGUCAAAGGUGCAGAUCUGCUGUUGACCGAGAUCUGAACUUAAACGUUCUACUGUUGUUACAGAAAAAACAGAUGAUGCCUUUUAUAAGGAUCAGAAAAAAAAGGAAAGGUGCUGUAGUUUUUAACCUUAUUAUCCAUAUCUUCAAAGAUUAAAUUCACUAACUGUACGAUGGUGCAGGUAAGUUUCCUACCCUGUGAGUGACAGGUCAUGGCUGCUGGCCAGAUGGGAGAGAGAGGCAAGUGCCCAGGUCAAAUGGACCAGUGCCUAAAGCAUAUGGCAAGCUUGGAAGCCUGCUGCCCUCCCGCAGACCGACCAACCCACAAACGAGUCAGCCACCAUUCCACUUCACUCUUUCAAACCCAAAGCCAGAGCCUUAAGCAUCAUGGCGCCUCCUGUGCCACUCACAGUCAGUGCCAACCUACUAGAUAAAUGGCCUUCAGGUGGUGCUCUGGGAGCCCUGGGGGCCCAGGCCAACCCUGCUUCUACCUUCAGCCACAGGGACCCAACUCUGGUUUUCUGGAUUGGAUUUACACAUGACAUAGUUUUCAAAGAAAGCAUUCCAUUGUAUAAAACUAAAAAAAAAAUUUUUUUUUUAGUGCUAUUGUAGGUGGCAAGGUCUCAAAGUACCCAUGGCAGUCCCCCACCGGCCUUUGAUGGUGGCAUUAGUUUCCUUCUUAGAGGCACACGUGGAGAGCAGGCCUGACAUCAGGCUUCAGGGGUUCCUCUCACAGGUCUUGAUUUGGAAGGCCAGAGCUGCAGACUGGAACCUAGCCUUGUCACCUCCUCCCUAUAUGAUUUGGGACCUCUUGGAGCCUCAGCUUUCUCAUCUGUCCAAGCAAUUACAGCCCUUUUCUCCCAGCAUUGUCAUGAAGAUUCAGCAAUUCCUUAACUUGGUGCCUGACACAUGGUCAGGGCUUAUGGUAGCAACUCUAGGCAUGAAUGAUGCUUUGGCCCUGCUGGUCCCGGUUAUCGCGGUCAUCCUCACAAUGGCAUUUCCCCUAUCUUUGCACAACCCUUUACUGUUUACAAAAUGUUCUUCCAAAAAGUCCUCCUGUGUGAAAAAAAAAAAAAAUGGUUUAAGUCCCUUCACACCCUACUUUAGAAGAGGCCUAGCUUCUUAGCCUUUUCAGAGUUCCCAUUGCAUUUAAUCCAUGCAUGCCCUGGGGGUCCUAAAGCAAGGAGCACUCUUCCAGAUUCCCCACAAAGGCCUUGUUUAGAUUGCUGACCACUAAAGCCAGUGCCCUGGUCUGGCUAACCACCUGGGUCUAUGAGGGCACAUGACAAAGGGACAAAUGAGUGGGCCCAACCUAUAGACCCUGAAAUCCAAGAUGGUUCAAACCUCCCAAGGACCUGAGGAUCUGACUCAAGACCAGCAAUUCUAAUCCAGAGGUUUUCAAAUGAACAAUAUAGGAGACAAAAGCACAACUUCUCUGUGGGUUGAGUCCAGUGGAAGCCAAAUGCCUUCUACCCCACCCCCACUUCCAUGACGGGCAUGCCCAAGGGUACAAUUUUAGAGUGUGGGGGAGAAGGAAAAUCACUGCUGUAGACUGACUUCUCGUUUUAUAGGCGAAUAAACAGACCCCCAAACACCAGGGCUGGUGUGGCAGAGCCCCCACAAAGCAGACUUUCUGGAAUAAACCCAAGUGGGAAAUUUCUUCUAUAGCCUUCUUAAAAAGAAAUUGAUUGGGACAUGUUUUAUCUUCAUGUUAAAAAACUUUGAAUUAAUAUACCAUAAAAUUAACUUUUUUGUAUGUACAGUUCUGUUUUAACACAUUUGUGUAACUACCUCUGCAGUUAGAACACAGCAGUUGCAUCACCCAAAAAAUUAUCUGAUGCCACCUCUUUGUUGUCAAACCUUUGCUCCACUCAAGCCUCUGGCACACACCAAUCUGUUCUCCAUUCCUGAAGAUUUGCCUUUUCUAGAAUGUCACAUCCAUAGCAUCAUAGAGGAUGUAAUCUCUGGAGACUGGCUUCUUUAGUAUGUCUUUGAGAUUCAUUCAGGUUGUUUUUUAUAGCUAAGUAGUGUUCCAAUGUGCAGAUGUACCACAGUUUGUUUUUUAACAUUCACCCAUUGAAGGAUAUUUGGGUUGUUUCCAGUUUGGGGUGAUUUUGAAUAAAACUGCUACAAACA